CCGCCAUCCACCGCCUGCGACCUUUGAAGUUUGCAAUCACAUCAUCAAACUUCGAGUUCAUCUUCAACUUGGCCAUUAUUACCAUCUUACAUCAACUACACCCUUCCUAAGCACUCGUAAUUCACCACUACCGUCACACUCUCUUCCCACACUUGUCAUACACAGGUUCUCAACGCCUCACCUUGUCCUCACCUCUCCUUUCCGCCACCUCUCCAUCCCUACCUGCGGCUUGCCUGGAGCAUCACACGCUUGUUUCGACCGACUUCCGGUCCACCUCCUCCAUCUCCGAUACCAGCUCCCUUCAGGGACCCUCCUUUUUGCAAUUGCCGCAUGCGCCGUCGCUUGUUCCAUCUACCCUGAUCAUCAUCUAUCAACCCACCGCCCUGCGCCUGAUUGUCUGCGGCCACAAUCUCGUUAUUCUCGAUCCGCCCCGCCACAUUCUCCACCUAUCGCUGGCUUCCACUCCAUUUGCGCCAUUGCAGUUAUCUGUACCACCUCACUAAGGCUCACAAUCGCCUCGAAUUCAUCGUAUCCCUCUGAAGCGUUCGCCUUUCCUUGAAGCAUCCGGCCAUCUGCUGUGCCGUUUGCUCAUGUCCAUUCGCCGUUCCCGCGUCUCCCGUCAUGGCAAUGCAACCGCCGCUUGCCAACGACAAGAAAAGAGUCAAAGUCUAUGAGCUACGAGAUAAUGACUGGUUCGAUAGAGGCACUGGCUUUUGCACUGGUCAGGUCAUCAAUGACGAACCGCGCAUCUAUGUCGAAUCUGAAGACCAACCUGAUCGCAUGCUGUUGGAGACCCGCAUCGUCAAAGAUGAUGGCUACCAGAAACAGCAAGACACUCUCAUCGUCUGGACCGAGACCAACGGCAUUGACAUGGCGCUGAGCUUUCAAGAGGCUGAGGGUUGCGCCGCUAUCUGGGAUUUUGUAAACCAGGUUCAACAGCAAUUGUUAUCCUUGCCAGACGAUGGCCUCUCCGACGAUGCGCUGGAGAACAUAACAACCUCCUUUACCCUGAGCCCUCCCGAGUUGAAUAACCUCGACGAAAUCGAACAGAACAUCCGGCAGGCAAGCGUCACCCAAGGUGGCCGCGACGCUUUAGCAAAAUUCUUGACCAAGGGCGACUAUCUGUUAAAGUUGAUCCCCUUGGUCGAAGUUGCUGAAGACUUGGAAAGCUUACCUGACCUGCAUCGCCUUUGCAACAUCAUGAAAGCCCUGAUUUUGAUGAACGACAACUCCAUCAUUGAAUACCUCGUUACCGACGACAUCAUCCUCGGUAUUGUCGGCGCCCUCGAGUACGACCCCGACUUCCCCACCCACAAGGCCAACCACCGGCUUUACUUGUCCGAUGAAUCAAGGUACAAAGAGGUGGUGGAGAUCAAGGAUCAGAAUAUCAAGCGCAAAAUUCGACAGACGUGGAGACUACAGUACUUGAAGGAUGUGGUCCUCGCCCGCAUCCUCGACGACCCGACCUUUGGAGUCUUGAACUCGUUGAUCUUUUACAACCAAGUCGAGAUUGUACAGCAUCUCCAAAACAACACCCUCUUCCUCAAGGAGCUGUUUGCAAUCUUCAGCCCGGAAAACACAGACAUCAAAAGAAAAGAGCAGGCCGUUCACUUUCUACAACAAUGCGCCGCCAUCGCAAAAACAUUACAGAUGCAAGCACGCGCCAAUUUAUUGAACAACUUUAUCGCACACGGUCUGUUUGCAGUCAUCACUUUUGCCGUCAAGCACCCCGAUGCUCCCAUGCGAACGACGGGCAUCGAUAUCCUCGUCGCCUUGCUCGACCACGAUCCUAAUAUGAUGCGUGGCUACAUGCUCAAGGCCGUCCAUGAAAAGAAGACCCCACUCACGGAUACAUUGAUUGAGCUACUCCACGCAGAGACCGACUUGGGUGUCAAGAAUCAACUAGCAGAUGCCAUCAAAAUCCUCCUCGACCCUCAGCCUCCUUCCAGCGAUCCUAACAACCGACAAACCUCUGAAUUCAUGAACAAGCUCUCUCGACCUCAGGCCUUGAACCCCACGCAACAGGCCAACGAACAGUUUGCCCAAGACAACUUUGAUCGAUCGUGCCGCAAGCUGUUUCAGCCGUUGAAAUCUCUCGAGUCAAGACCAUCUAUGCAGAAUCUCACCUACCAAGAAGUUUCCCUGUUUUCCUAUUUGGUUGAGAUACUCACCUUUUUCAUGAGACAACACCACGCCAAGAGUCGACCGUUCCUGUUGUCGGAAAAUCUGGCACCUCGCGUGGCACAGUUGCUUCUUGCACCACAGAAACCGCUCAAGUUGACCAGUCUCAAAUUCUUCCGAUCUGGGGUCGCGCUGCCGGAUCAGUUUUACGCCGCACUCAUCAUCAGGAGCGGGGCCUUUGACGCCAUUCUAGACAUCGUCAUCGAGACUAUGCCGCGAGACAACCUGUUGAAUUCCGCUUGCCUGGAGUUGUUUGAGUUUAUUCGCAAAGAAUCUAUCAAGGCACUCAUCACUCACCUGGGACAGACGUAUCGCGAGAAGAUACAAGACAUCACCUACGUCGACACAUUUGAGAACCUGCUGUUGCGCUUCGACCAACUCACGCAUGAGCCACCGCAGGAGGAUCGCACCCUUUUCAGCCAACCCGAGCUUGCGUUUCCCCCAAGCCGGACACAUGGCAGCGACCGAUGGCCGGGAAUUGGCGAAAUGGAUGCGAGCGAGGAAGAGUACUUUAAUGGUUCGGAUGACGACGAAGACGAGACCCUUGAAGACCAAGUGGUUGGUGAGACGGCGGACAAUUUGUCAGAAAGGAUGGAAUGGCAUCGUAAGCGGAUGAAAUCGGAAGUAAUGAAUGGUGGCGCAUCACCCAUCAGCAAGCCUUUGGUCGAUUACCCAGACGAUGACGAGGAUGAGUCGAUGGAGUCUAAGGCGACGGCAGCAGAGGACACAUCACAGAUAUCAGAGAGCGGCAACGCAGUGUCGUCGCUUGAAGAUAAAUCAACAAGCACAAAGUCGUUGGAGCCCUCGCCAGAGAUCAAGUCGGCAGCAGAAACGGACUCGCAAGCCCCGCCAGAACGACUGGCGGAAAAGCGAAGACGGCAAGACGACGAUGACGAUGACGAGCUAGGAAAACUGUCCUCGGGGUCGAAGCGUCGAAACUCGGCCUCAAGCGCAUCCAGUCUUGCUUCCCAAGGAUCCUUGCGUAGGAAGAAAGGGUUUUUGAGAUCAAAGCCAGCUAGCGACAAUACGCCAGCCGCGGGAAAUAACGCCGACACGGACAAUCAUGUUGAAGGACGAAAGUCACGAAAGAUCGCCAUCAGUCUAUCGAAUGCAACUAACAAAGGGGAGGACAAGACCAAAGGAAAGGGGACGCCCAAAUCCAGUGGAGCCACCAAAAAUGAAGGCUGAGAAAAGCCAGAUGUCAUCGGGAUGAUGAAGGUCGGAAAGAGAAGACAAGACUCUGUACCACCAUAGACCUAGGACCUAUGCCCCAGGUGAAGGGGAUGGCGUUACCGGAGAUUUAGGAGAGACAUUAUUAUUGACGAUGACUCCUUGUGGUGCAACGAAGCAUGAUGGAGUUGAUAUGGAGCAGCCCCAACACGGGGGUUUGACAAUCCCAAGGCUAGUAUUAAUGGAGCUGGUUAUGGAAGUUGAGUAUUUGGAGCGACCCGUACCACGAUGGAUUGACUGGACGGACUAGAUGAGCAGUUGAGUAGACAGGAGAUGAUCCUGGGAUUAAAAACGCACCAAAGAUGAAGCAUUGAUCCUUGACUCUAUAUCAACGAGCAGCAUGACGG